AAAACUCCCUUUAAAUUUAUCACGGGAGAAAAACCAGACCUAUUAUAUACAAGAACAUAUAGCUAUAAAGCAUUUACUCUUAUUAAAUAUAUUCCUAGGUUACAGAAGCUUACAGAACGCGCCUAUAUUAGACACUUAGUUAGCUAUAACUUAAGCAAUAUUUUCCGCAUCUAGAUCCCCUCUUAAAAGAAAGUUAUUAGAACUAGAGAUAUUACUUUCAAUAAAGAUAAAUUCUAUUAUCUAGAGGACUUAGAUCUCAUACGCAUCUUAAUAAAAGAAGCCCCAGAC